GGCCUGGCGUCCAAUUCAUAUCCACACCUUUUUCACGCCGAUGCCUUCCGUUUCCCACCACUAACAGUGAGGCCCUGUUUGGGGCGUCUGGAAUCCGUCACUCUCUCUCUCUCUUCGCCAGCCUGCCUCUGUCAAGCCCGUCUAUCACUUCGGAGAAGACCCGCUUAGCUCCGACUCGGUCUCUUCUCGUCUUUCUUUGACUCCCCGAACCGGGUCAAAUACCCGGAUCUUUCCUUUUCGUGGGAAGAUCCGCUCAAAUAUUCUCCUCCCCCGUGCACUGUUCGCGUUCUUUCUCAACUUCGGAAUCAAAUCAUUUCCAUUUCGACGUGGGUUUUGCUGGGUGUCCGAUAAAUUCUAGAUCUGUUCCCAUUCGGCCCUCCAAAAUCCGUGGUGGUUUUUUGGAGGAUGUCCGGGGCUGGUCCGGCCGUGGAGCACGUGAAUUUUCCGGCGAUGACGGCGGCGGAGGACCACCAGAAGGGGCGGCGCGCCGGCUGCUGCAACCCGGUGAGGAAGCCGGGUCCGGUGUCAAUGGACCACGUGCUGUGCGCAUUGCAAGAGACCAAGGAAGAGAGGGAAACGAGGAUUCGGAGCUUGUUCAAUUUCUUCGAUGCGCAGAAUGCUGGGUUUUUGGACUACAAGCAGAUAGAGUUGGGGCUGUCGGCGCUGCAAAUUCCGGCGGAUUACAAGUACGCUAAGGACUUGUUUGGUGUGUGUGAUGCGGAUAAGGAUGGGAGGGUUGAUUAUCAGGAGUUUAGGAGGUACAUGGAUCAUAAGGAGCUCGAGCUUUAUCGGAUUUUUCAAGCGAUUGAUGUCGAGCACAAUGGCUGCAUUUUGCCCGAGGAGCUGUGGGAUGCUCUUGUUAAGGCUGGGAUACAGAUAGAUGAUAAUGAACUUGCACGUUUCGUUGAGCAUGUUGAUAAGGAUAAUAAUGGAAUUAUAACUUUUGAAGAAUGGAGAGAUUUUCUUUUGCUGUAUCCCCACGAGGCAACCAUUGAGAACAUUUAUCAUUACUGGGAAAGAGUAUAUCUUGUAGAUAUCGGGGAGCAGGCUGUUAUUCCUGAAGGCAUCAGUAAGCAUGUUAAUGCAACUCAAUAUCUGCUUGCAGGUGCAGUGGCUGGAACUGUUUCUCGUACUGCAACUGCUCCUCUUGAUCGCCUGAAGGUCGUUAUGCAAGUACAGACUACACAUGCUUCUGUAGUUUCUGCAAUUAAGAGCAUAUGGAAGGAAGGAGGUUUCUUGGGGUUUUUUCGAGGUAAUGGGUUAAACGUUCUGAAGGUUGCACCUGAAAGUGCCAUCAAGUUUUAUGCUUAUGAGACAUUCAAAAAUAUCAUUGGAGCUCAAGGGAAGGAUGAUAUAGGCACUGCUGGGCGACUUCUUGCUGGUGGCAUGGCUGGUGCUGUGGCACAAACAUCUAUCUAUCCUGUAGAUCUUGUGAAAACUCGAUUGCAGACUUUUGCUUGUGAAGGUGGGAAGGCUCCCAAGUUGACUAAACUGUCUGUGGACAUUUGGGUCCAGGAAGGACCUAGAGCCUUUUAUAGAGGGCUUUUCCCGUCUCUUCUUGGGAUAAUCCCUUAUUCUGGCAUAGACUUUGCUGCCUAUGAGGCCUUAAAGGACAUGUCAAAGAGAUACUUCCCUCAGGACACUGAACCUGGACCUCUUGUGCAUCUGGGAUGUGGGAUGGUUUCAGGAGCUGUUGGAGCAACGUGUGUUUACCCUUUGCAGGUUAUCCGAACAAGGCUGCAAGCUCAGCGCUGUAAUUCCCCUACUGCUUACAGCGGAAUGUCGGAUGUCUUUCGGAGGACUCUUCAGCAUGAAGGCUGGAGAGGUUUAUAUAAAGGACUUAUCCCUAAUCUUCUAAAAGUUGUGCCAUCAGCAAGCAUAACAUACAUUGCUUAUGAAGCCGUGAAAAAGCAUCUAAGUCUUAGCUAGGUGAUACUGCAACCCGGCUUAAUGGCUUCUUGUCGCUGAAAGUUGAAAGUAAUAGCAGUGCUGACGACGACGAUAUAAAGAAUAAGAUUAGUAGAUUGCUAAUCGAAUAGUAGAUAAGUUUUUUUUGUGUCAUAUAAUAGAUCAAACUUCCCUUAAUGAAAUGCACAAAGGUUCUCAUACACCAUGUCAGUUUCCUGAGGUUUACAUGAACUAUUUAGGCGGAAAAUUUCACUGUAAUUCAAAUGAUAAUUGUUUGUCAGAUGAAAGGGUACAAUUCUUCGAGUAUUUUUGUUCUCUGUCAAAUGAAUACAACAGAUGCAGGGCCUCUGUGUCUAUCUCUGCUAUCUCAUUUUCCAGCAGCCUGUCUUUUGGCAUGUGAUGUAUUCUUUUCUGUGGCCGCCUUGAUCAACUAUCUGGACAUGCCCUUUUUGUAUACUAUUUCUUGUUGCAUAUGGGUCCUCACUCAGUGGGAUUAAGGCUUGUGAUAAUUAUUAUUAUUUUGAUGCUUAAUAUUGGAAUUUGCUUAAAUGGGAGUGCGAUUUUGUUCAACCUGGGAUAAAAAAAGUCAUUUUGGUCUCCCUCCUUUCCCACCACCCAUUUCUCUCGUUUCUUCUGCGGUUGACUCGCCGACUGUUGCCUCACCGACCCGCUACUCACCUCUUUGCCUUGCCGCUGCUCGCCGCCUCUCCUCGCCUCGCCAACCCGCCGCUGCUUGCUACCUCGCCUCGCCGUUUCUCUCUCCUCUCUCUCUUUUCUCCCGCCGCUUUGCCAUCGCCUCUUUGCCUCGCCGCUGGGCAGCGGGUCGGCGAGGUGGCGAGCAGCAUUCGGUGAGUCGACGACGGGAGGAAGGAGAGAGAGGAGAGAGAAACGGGUUGGUGGGUAGGGAAGGAAGUUCAAAAUGAUGUUUUUACCCCAGGGUGAACAAAAUCGCACUCGGAGGCUGAGACUGACAUUUGCACCGAACCCAGAACGCGGGAGAGUCUCGUGCACUGGUUCAUUGAUUUGUGUUUAUUGGUAUUUGUUGGAUGUCCGUAUUUUCUGCAGCUUACCAGAUUUUCAGAUGAAUGGAGCUGGGGUUUUCUUAUACAAGCAGCGGUAAAGAACUACCGUGUAGGGGUGUGUGCUUAGUUUGGUUUAAACGAUUAAAACCAAAUUGAACUUGGUUAGAUUGGUUUGGCUUGUUAAUCUUGCGAAAGAUGGUUUAUGGUUUGGUUUAUGGUUUGUGGUUUGGCUUGUUAAUCUUGCGAAAGAUGGUUUAUGGUUUGGUUUAUGGUUUGUAACUGUCAAGUCUGCUUUGCAGUAAUAAGGGUCAGUUUUAGGCAGAAAACGUGUAUGUGAAGGGGAAAUGGAAGUUGCAGACGUGAACAGAUGUAAAACAUAAAGGAAGAGAAGAAGCUGCUGCCAGUUAUGGCAUUAACACAAGUGAUGUUAAUUAUGUAGAGUACAGACAAAAGCACACAAACUCAAUGAGCAAGAACGGCGUUACAAAAAUGAAAACUGGAAGAAAGGCAUUGCCUUCCCUUUGCCUCUUUGAC